AUGAUUACGGGUCGUGGAGGAGCCGGCGCUCGAGGUCGGAUCAGACCCCCUCGUCGCAUUGUGCGCUCCACCGACGCUGGCGAAGGUUCCGAUUUUGAGGUAUGCUGGACAAUGCUCAGGGAAGCGCUUACGGACAUACACAAGAAGAAUUGCAGCAAGCUAUCUUUCGAAGAACUGUACCGGGCGGCCUACAAAAUCGUCCUUAAGAAGAAAGGCGAAGUCCUCUAUGAAAAGGUCAAAGCCUUUGAACAAGAUUGGUUUUCCGAGAAUGUUAUCCCUGAAAUCAAAGCACUGGUCAGCAAGAGCCUGAUCAAUAUCGGAGGCACAUCGGUCCACGAAAGGAGGCAGACUGGAGAGAGAUUCCUCAAAGGGCUGCGCGACAAGUGGGAAGACCACAACAUGUCUAUGAACAUGACGGCGGACAUACUCAUGUACCUCGACCGUGGCUAUACCCAGCUCGAAGCGCAACGAGUCCCCAUCUUCGCCACCACCAUCGCGCUUUUCCGAGAUAAUAUCCUUCGUUCAUCCCUAGAAACCAACCACAAGGUCAUCGAUAUCCUAAUUUCCGUUGUCCUCGAUCAGAUCAACAUGGAGCGCGAAGGAGAUAUCAUAGAUCGAAAUCUUAUUCGAAGUUGCACCCGAAUGCUCAGCAGUCUUUACGAAACCGAAGACGAGAAGGAAAGCGACAAGCUAUACACCACAGUCUUUGAGCCCUGCUUUCUUGAUAAUAGUAAAACCUACUAUGCCACCGAAUGCGAGAAGCUACUACGCGAAUCGGACGCCGGGGCCUGGCUUCGACACACCCAGACGAGGUUGAAUGAGGAGAUCGACCGAUGCGGAACCACAAUCGAACUGGAGACACUGCCAAAAGUCACAUCAACUAUUGAUCAAGAGCUGAUCAUUAAGCAUCUGAGUGAAUUUCUGGCACUCGAAGGGAGCGGAUUGAAGUGGAUGAUUGACAACGACAAGGUUGAGGAGCUUUCUAUCCUCUACAGGCUAAUCUCCAGAGUCGAUUCCACAAAGGCAUCUUUGCGGGAUAUUCUGCAGCGCCGUGUGGUUGAGCUUGGCUUGGACAUCGAAAAGGUCCUGAAGAAUACAGACUUCUCGACUGGCCAAGCCGAUGGAGAAGAAGGUGAAGGCGGCAAGGGAAAGACCUUGAACCCAGCUGCACAGCAGACUGCUGCUGCAAUCAAAUGGGUCGACGAUGUUCUUCGUUUGAAGGACAAGUUUGAUAAUCUUUGGACCCGUUGCUUCUCAGACGACCUCAUCAUCCAAAGCGCCCUGACCAAGAGCUUUUCCGACUUCAUCAACAUGUUCAAUCGGAGCUCUGAAUACGUCUCCCUGUUUAUUGACGAUAACCUCAAAAGAGGUAUCAAGGGAAAGACAGAAGCGGAGGUAGAUGUUGUUCUUGAAAAAGCCAUUGUCUUGAUCCGGUACCUGCAAGACAGAGAUCUGUUCCAGACAUACUACCAGAGACAUCUGGCUAGACGGCUACUUCACGGCAAGUCCGAAAGUCACGACGUUGAGAAGCAAAUCAUCUCUCGAAUGAAGCAGGAGCUUGGACAGCAGUUCACCAGCAAAUUCGAAGGCAUGUUCAGAGAUCUGGUCACGUCUACGGAGCUCACCACCGGCUACCGUGACCACAUUCGCAAUGUUGGAGACGGUAGUAAGACUAUCGACCUCAACAUCAACGUUCUUACCACAAACUACUGGCCACCUGAGGUCAUGGGGCGUACCGCACAGAUUGGCGAGGGUUCUCGUGUUACUUGCACGUACCCACCUGAUUUGCAGCGACUACAGGCAAGCUUUGAGCAGUUCUAUCUGAAUGAUCGUAAUGGACGCAAGCUUACCUGGAUUGGCACGACUGGCAGCUCUGAUAUCAAAUGUACUUUCCCGGCCAUCGCUGGGAAGUCUGGCCCUCUAUCAAGAGAGCGGAGAUAUGAGAUCAACGUGCCGACAUUUGCUAUGGUUGUCAUGCUUCUCUUCAAUGACCUGGAAGAUGAUCAGUCCUUGACAUUUGAGGAGAUACAGGCCAAGACGAACAUUUCGAGCCAGGAUCUCAUGCGGACGUUAACGGCCAUUGCGGUAGCACCCAAGUCUCGUGUCCUGCUCAAGGAUCCAGCCAACAAAUCAGUGAAAGCAGGCGACAAAUUUACUUUUAACGCAUCCUUCCAGAGCAAGACUAUCCGCAUCAAAGCGCCCAUCAUCAAUGCGGUGUCAAAGGUUGAAGACACGUCAGAGCGAAAGACUACUGAGGAAAAGAACAACCAGACGAGAGCUCACAUUGUUGACGCAGCAAUUGUGAGAAUAAUGAAAUCUCGAAAGGAGCUCUCACAUUCUCAGCUUAUUAGCGAAGUUCUCACCCAGCUGUCGGGUCGCUUCAAGCCUGAAGUCUCGCUCAUCAAGAAGCGCAUCGAAGAUCUCAUCGCAAGAGAAUACCUCGAGCGCCCUGAUGAAGACGGCGCACCAUCUUUGUACCGUUAUGUUGCAUAA